CGCAGUGGUGGAGGGGAAAGGCUGGGGGCGGAGGGAAGGGCGGCGGGAGCCCGACCGGUCCCACCCCCAGCUGCAACCCCUGGCAGGAAGAGAUUGUCUCGGGAGCCGCCGCCGCCGCCGCCGAAAGGCACGGAGCUCAGGGGGAAGGGCGCCCAAGCCGCGGAGGGGGCGCGGGGCAGUCAUGCUCCUGUCCGGGGGCGACCCUCCGGCGCAGGAAUGGUUCAUGGUGCAGACCAAGUCGAAGCCCCGGGUGCAGCGGCAGAGGCUGCAAGUGCAGCGCAUCUUCAGGGUCAAGCUGAACGCUUUCCAGAGCCGCCCGGACACCCCCUACUUCUGGCUGCAGCUCGAAGGGCCCAGGGAGAACAUGGGCAAAGCCAAGGAGUAUCUGAAGGGCCUGUGCAGCCCGGAGCUGUGGAAGGAGGUUCGCUACCCGGCAACCCUGCACUGUGCCUUCCUCGGGGCCCAGGGCCUCUUCCUGGACUGCCUGUGCUGGAGCACCCUGGCCUACCUGGUGCCUGGCCCCCCAGGCUCCCUGAUGGUGGGCGGGCUGACCGAGUCUUUCAUCAUGACCCAGAACUGGCUGGAGGAGCUGGUGGGGCGGCUGCGCUGGGGCCCUGCCCCUCUGCUCACCCCCCGUGGCAUCUGGGAGGCCGAGGUGACCCGGGCCUUUGGGGCCCUGGUCUGGAUCCGUGGUGACCAGUAUGCGGGGGACCUGCUGCAGCUGCCCCCAGCGGUCCAGGAACUGCUGCUGAGCCUGGUGCGGGAUGCUGCCGGCAAGGAGGACAUCAUCCAGUGGCUCGGCCGCAUCGGUGCCUCGGAUUCCCGCUCUGACCCCGAGCAGCUCCUGAUCUGCCCGACCCCCCAGCAGAAGGAAAGACCAGCCAUGGUGUCUGUUGGAGACGGUACUGGGCGCUUUCUGGAGAUGGGGAGUCCAGAAAAUUCAAAGAAAUUAACCAGCCUGGGAGCCAUGGGGGCCCUAACCUCGGGCCUCCCAGGCCGGAACACCCAGCUGGAGGCAGGAAACCAGCUGGUACGGGCCAGUUCCAACAACCAAGGUGGUAUGGACAGUGCUCAUGAGGCCGGACCAGUACAAGCCAGCAGCAGCCAGGACCCUGUGGACCACACACAAGCCUUGUCGCAGCAAAGGCAGGUCCGGAGGGGGGAAGACAAGCUCCCCCUCCAGCCUCCGGUGUCAGCCCUGGGUGUGUGCUCUCCCUGGAAAGCCUGGACCCCGGAGCCAGCCUUUGGGCCCCUGUGGCCAGGGGCUAUUGCUGCAACCUUCUGGAGGAUCAAUGAACUGCAUUCUCUCCACCUGGCGUGGCUCCUGUCCCAGGCCUGCUUCAGUUUCCCCUUCUGGCAGAGGCCGCUGGGCCCCAUUCAGUUCAAGCUGCCAGGGCAGAACCCUUUGCCCUUAAAUCUGGAAUGGAAACAGAAGGAGCUGGUUCCCUUGCCCAGUGUGGAAGGUCCAGACUGUAGACUGGAUGGGGGCCCAGGGGGAGAGACAGCCCUACAGAAUUGUCCAAGACCAGAGAUUCCUAACAACGUCAUGAGUUUAUUGGUGGUCUCAGGAGGCUCAGGGGUAAAGGACAAGGCUAACCCAGCACUUCCACCGAUAGGGCCACCUUUGACCUCUGCACCCCAGCUCCAAGCUAGAAGUGAACCAGGGGAUCAAGGAAGUAUGCAGUGGGAUAAUAAGAGGCCAGAAGAGGGGCCCUUUCCAGUGAUGCCCACAGGGCAAGGGGUGCCCACUGCUCAGGGGAGGCCAAAGGCUCAAGGGGGGCUGGCAGCUCCAUUAGGACCUGACCCUAAAACAGUGCCUGAAACUCGCAAAGUGCCCAUGGCUGCAGCAAUGCCCACAGCUCAGACCCCACCUGCCAAUCCAGCGCUGCCUGCACCCCCCAAAGUGCCUGCAACCCAGAUGAUGCCGGCGGUCCAUGAAGAACCUGUAGCCCCUAAAGUGCCUUUGGCUCCCAUGAAGCCAGCAGCUCAAGUGCUGCCCACAGCUCAAAAGGCAGUUGUGGGUAGACUGGCACCAGCAGCUCAAAUGGUGCCUGCAGCGCCAAAAACUCCCACAGUUCAGAAAAGGCCUGCGGCAAAAACAUCACCUGCAGGUCCCCAAACACCAAGACCCCAGACUGGACCUGUAGCUAAACCAGGGUCUACAGCUCCCAAAACCCCCACAGCCCCCAAAGCCCCUGCAGCUCCCAAAGCACCUGCAGCUCCUAAGACUUCCAGAGCUCCGAAAACGCCUACAGCUCAGAAGGCACCCACAGAUCCAGGGCCAACCCUGGAUGUAGCCAAACUCCUAAGUGAGGGCCAGCCUUCUUCAAAGGGCAGGGCUUCCUUUCUGAAGAGCCAGGGGGAACCUGGAAGGCAGGGGCCCCCAUCCAGUGGCACCUUAGCUCCCAGUAGUAAGGGCCAACCUCAGAUAGAGGGGUUCCUGGGAGCUUGGGAGGGAGCCCCGAGGCAGCCACCUCACCACCCCCAGGCAAACAGCACAGUGACUAGCUUCCAGAGGUACCACGAGGCCCUGAACACACCCUUCGAGCUGAACCUUUCGGGAGAACCCGGGAACCAGGGGUUGCGACGAGUGGUCAUUGACGGUAGCAGCGUGGCCAUGGUGCAUGGCCUCCAGCACUUCUUCUCCUGCCGGGGCAUCGCCAUGGCCGUGCAGUAUUUCUGGAACCGGGGACACCGAGAAGUCACUGUGUUUGUUCCCACCUGGCAGUUGAAGAAGAACCGGAGGGUGAGAGAGAGCCACUUUCUGACACAGCUCCACUCCCUCAAGAUGCUUUCAAUCACACCUUCCCAGCUCGAGAACGGCAAGAAGAUCACCACCUAUGAUUAUAGGUUCAUGGUAAAGCUGGCAGAAGAGACAGAUGGCAUCAUUGUCACCAACGAGCAGCUUCAUGUCCUGAUGAAUAAUUCUAAGAAACUGAUGGUCAAAGAUCGCCUGCUGCCCUUCACCUUUGCGGGGAAUCUCUUCAUGGUGCCUGACGACCCCCUGGGCCGUGAUGGCCCCACCCUGGAUGAGUUUCUGAAGAAGCCAAACAGGUUGGACACUGACAUUGGCAACUUCCUGAAGGUGUGGAAGACCCUUCCUCCCAGCUCAGCCAGCCUCUCUGAGCCAGUGGAUGAGGCUGACCCUGGGCCCCCAGAGAGUCUGCAGAGUGUGAAAGAAGUCAGGGAGGAGAAGGAGGAGAGGCAGGACGAGGAGCAGAGAGAGGAGCAAGAGAUGCAGAAGCUGGCUGAGGAGGAGGAGGAGGAGGAGGAAAAGGAGGAGGAUGACGAUCAGGACUCUUUGCUGGUGUCUGUGUUCAGGGCUGAGUGUCCUUCCCUCUCAGAGGAAAUACUCCGGUGCCUCAGCCUCCACGACCCUAUGGACGAGGCCCUUGACAUUGAUCUCCUGCCAGCGGUGGCUUCUCCCUCCCUGGGCAUCCCUUGGGACGGGAAGGCCCCCUGCCAGCAGGUUCUGGCCCACCUGGCCCAGCUGACCAUCCCCAGCAACUUCACCGCACUCUCCUUCUUUGUGGGGUUCAUGGACUCCCACCGGGACGUCAUCCCCGACUAUGAAGCCCUCGUGGGCCCCCUGCACAGCCUCCUCAAGCAGAAGCCGGACUGGCAGUGGGCCCUGGAGCACGAGAAGGCUUUCCUGGCCCUGAAGCGAGCCCUGGUGUCCGCCCUCUGCCUGUCGGCCCCCAACUCCCAGCUGCCCUUCCGCCUGGAAGUGACAGUGAGCCAAGUGGCCCUGAUGGCCGUAGUGUACCAAGAGCACUCAGGAAGAAAGCACCCUGUAGCCUAUACCUCGAAACCCCUCCUCCCGGACGAGGAGAGCGCAGGCCCCCAGUCCGGGGGAGACAGCCCCUACGCUGUGGCCUGGGCCCUCAAGCAUUUUUCCCGCUGCAUUGGAGACACCCCAGUGGUCCUGGGCCUUUCCUAUGCCUCCCGGACCACUGUGGACCCUGAGGCGUGGGACGGCCGCCGGCUCGCCAAGGCGUGGUUGAUCCGGUGGUCCCUCCUGGUGCAGGACAAGGGCAAGAGGGCACUGGAACUGGCCCUUCUCCAGGGUCUGCUGGGGGAAAACCGGCUGCUGACUCCCGCGGCCUCUAUGCCUCGUUUUUUCCAGGUUCUGCCUCCUUUUUCCGACCUGUCCACUUUUGUCUGCAUCCACAUGUCGGGCUACUGCUUUUACCGAGAGGACGAGUGGUGUGCUGGCUUUGGUCUCUAUGUCCUGUCUCCCACCAGCCCCCCAGUCUCCCUUUCCUUCUCUUGCUCCCCUUACACACCCACCUAUGCCCACCUGGCGGCCGUGGCCUGUGGCCUGGAGCGUUUUGGCCGGUCCCAUCUGCCUGUGGUUUUCCUCACGCACUGCAACUGGAUCUUCAGCCUCCUCUGGGAGCUCCUGCCGCUGUGGAGGGCGCGGGGCUUCCUCUCCUCCGAUGGGGCUCCGCUGCCUCAUCCAGGCCUGCUCUCCUACAUCAUAGCCCUGGUCUCCGGCCUCUCAUCCCUUCCGUUUAUCUACCGAACCUCCUACCGGGGUUCCCUGUUUGCUGUGACGGUGGACACUCUGGCCAAGCAGGGCGCCCAGGGGGGCGGCCAGUGGUGGCAUUUGCCAAACGAUGUGCCGGUCCCUGUGGUGACUCGCCGCACCGCGGGCAAGAAGCCCGACUUGCUGGCGUUACAGCGGAGCGACAGCACCCUGGCCGACAUCAUUGCCAAGCUGCAGGCCGGGCAGAAAUUACCUAACUCCUCACCAUUCAGUUCUGCCUUUAACUCCCUCAGCCUCGACGGGGAGAGCGGGCUGCUUAUGUUCAAGGGAGACAAGAAGCCCAGGGUCUGGGUGGUUCCGAGGCAGCUCCGGAGGGAUCUGAUUUUCGUGGUACACGACCUCCCCAUGGGGGGCCACCAGAGGCCGGAGGAGACCUUCAAGAAGCUGCGGCUGCUGGGGUGGUGGCCAGGGAUGCAGGAGCAUGUGAGAGAAUACUGCAGGAGCUGCCUGUACUGCAUCCCCCGGAAUCUCACAGGCAGCGAGUUGAAGGUCAUUGAGUCCCUGUGGCCCCUCAGGUCCACGGCCCCCUGGUCAAACCUGCAGAUCGAGGUGGUGGGCCCGGUCACCGUCAGCGAGGAGGGCCACAAGCACGUGCUGAUCGUGGCCGACCCCAACACCAGGUGGGUGGAGGCCUUCCCGCUGAAGCCCUACACGCACAUGGCCGUGGCCCAGGUGCUGCUUCAGCACGUGUUUGCCAGGUGGGGCGUUCCUGUGAGGCUGGAGGCUGCCCAGGGCCCCCACUUUGCCCGCCAUGUCCUGGUGAGCUGUGGGCUGGCCCUGGGGGCCCAGGUGGCAUCUCCGAGUAGGGACUUGCAGUUCCCCUGCCUGACGAGCUCCGGGGCCUACUGGGAAUUCAAGAGGGCCCUCAAGGAAUUCAUCUUCCUGCACGGCAAGAAGUGGGCAGCGUCCCUGCCCCUGUUGCACCUGGCCUUCAGGGCCUCCUCUGGCCUGGCCACGCCGUUCCAGAUCCUGACCGGGGGCGAGGAGAGGCUGACCGAGCCCCUGUGGUGGGAGAUGAGCAGCGCAAACAUCGAGGGGCUCAAGAUGGAUGUCUUCCUGCUACAGCUGAUGGGGGAGCUGCUGGAGCUCCACUGGCGGGUGGCUGAGAAGGCAAGCGAAAAGGCUGAGAAUAGGCGUUUCAAGCGGGAGAGCCAGGAGAAGGAGUGGAACGUGGGCGACCAGGUCCUCUUGCUGUCCCUCCCCAGGAAUGGCAGCAGUGCCAAAUGGGUCGGUCCCUUCUAUAUUGGGGACCGGCUGAGCCUGUCCCUCUACAGGGUCUGGGGCUUUCCUACCCAGGAGAAGCUCGGGUGCAUCUAUCCUAGCAGUCUGAUGAAGACCUUUGCCAAGAGCGGCACCCCCCUGUCCUUCAAGGUCUUGGAGCAGUGAGCUGGAGUAGUGGGGGGGCCCCCACUCCGGGGUCCUGGGCUUCUGCUGCUAGGCCUCCCCCUGCCCCCAGCAGUGUUCUGGGGUAGGGAGGGAGGCCCUUUCGUUGUGCCUUUUGUAGAGAAAUUACUUCAUCAUGCUUUGCUGAAUUGCCUUGAACUAGGGACCAUUGUCUCUAUGGAAACAUCCUCAGUAUAGGGGAUUGGGAGAAUCUGCUAAAGGCUGUCAGAUGUGGGCCUCUGGCAGUUUUACCUGGGGUGGGGGUAGAGAGGUCCCUCUCUGAGGUAGGUCAGGUUCAGUGUCUCUCCCCAAGUGAAAGUGUACACACACAAACACACCCACCCACGUGCAUACACCAGAGCCUGAUGUCUUAACCAUGAAACACUGUGGCUCUGGAGCUCAGAAUCAAAAACCACAUUCCUCUCUCAAACAGAAACCUCAGAUGUUGGCUCCCCCACCCCCAAGUCUGUUCAUUUGGGGACCCUUUGCCCUUGAAGCUGUCACAGCUGACACAAAUCCAUGCAGGCUGUGGAGAAGCAGCCUGUUCCCAGUCUCACGGUCCGCUCUCUCAGGCCAGGUUAGGCCUGCCCAGCUGUCAAGGGAGGGCCGGCGAUCCUGGGUGCCAAGGCUCAGAAGUGGGGCGGGAGUGUGGCCAGCCAGGUAGGCUCAUCCUGCAGUAGCACGGGAAAGGCAAGGAGGAGACAGAGUCAGCCUACCUCAUUUGACUGUGGCCGGUGGAGACACACUCACAUCCCGGCUUCGAUGAUGUCAAUCCCACAGGAAUCAAGUGUGCCAAGUGUGGCAUCUCUAUCUGAAGAGCUGCUUCAACUAGACCAAGGGGCCCGGGCCUCUGUAUCGGGGGAGGGUGACUGAAAUGAGCGGUCUGGCACAUGGCGAGGUGCUAGCGUGGCUCUACCUCCCUAUUCCCCCCCCCCCAGCCCUCUCCUCCCCCUGCCGUGUACCCUGCACCCCCAGACCCUACAUAGUGUAUGACUGCUUUGUUUGGAUCCCCGCCCCCACCCCACCCCAGUCCUCUGGCCCUGCCUUCUGUGUAGAGAAAAUCCUCUGCCAAAAGCACCCUCUGCAAGUGUGCGUUUCUCAUAGGUGUGUGUGCCUACACCCACCUCCCAGCUGCUGCUGCCCAGCUGGAGGUCAGCACUGUGUCGCUCUGGCUGGGCCUCUAAGUAGUUUUAUUUCUCCAAAGCUGAGCCAGUCUCCUGGCCUAGCUCAGAUUGCCAAAACACCUGAAGUUGCUAGAGCCGCGGUAGAACCUGCCAUUGAGUCCCAUUUGCGUGUUUAAUGGAGAGAGGCCCAGAGAGGGGACGUGACUUGCCCAAAGUCACACAGAUAGUUGGUGGCUGAGCUGGGGCCAGGAUUAAGCUUCCUGAUUCUCAGAUCACCAUAGACAGGGUUCGGUUCAAGCAAGAGAAGCUCCCCUAAUCCUAUACCCAUCUUCCCUCCAACUCCACAGCUCCCAAAUCUUGUAGACAAACUACUUAGACGUUGCCCUGCAACCCCAUCCAGCUGUUAACUCUGCCCAGGAGAGAAUGAUUGGGUGACAGCUGAGAAGUUGAGGGGCGAGCUGUGGGAUUAUUAGCAGAUACCUCGUCCCCUCCUCCUCCUCUCCCUGCUCCCCUCCUUCCUCCUCCUCCCUCUGAUGAUCUGCCCACCCUCAUUCUCCCUCCCCGGUGCUGUACCCCUUCCCUCGGUGGACCACAUUUAUCAUCUUAUACCCUUUCAUGUGACCUUUUUUUUUCCCAUUUGAUUUGUCAAUAAACGGAUCAAAAUGGA